AUAAACGGCGCUAGUGUCUAUUAAGUGUCACAGCCGUUCUCAUCGGCUCGCAGUGUUGCAAGACUCGAAUUCGGUGAUUUAAUUAGGAAUAACGCGUACUUCUUUUUUUUUUUAGUAAAAUUGUGAAACUGUAAGCAAUAAUGACCGACAAGAAAGCGUAUCCGGUGGCGCCGCAUCCGCCGACCGGCUUUGUCCCCGCGCCGACGCAACCUCCGACUUAUGGUGUUGCAGGCGCCGCACCCUAUGGAGUAUUUCCCAAUCAACCUCAGUUAUAUGCGACGCAAGGCCCGCCACCGCCGACGUACGAUCAGACUCUUACGCAUCCUAUGAUGUAUCAACCAAUGUACGGACAGGGAUAUCCAUUACAAUAUUAUCCACCGGGAUAUCCUUUGCAAUAUUAUCCGCCGUUAGCGACAACAGCGUAUUAUCCUGCAACCGCUAUGCAGCCGGCUCCUGUUAGGCCCACAAUUAUGGUACCUAAUGGUUUCGACGGUACUCGAUUUGACGGCAUCUCGCAACCGGUGCUGCCACCGCCGCCACCAGGAGUGGCCGCAAAUGCGGCUCAGCUGGCUGCAAUGGCCGGCCACAGCGUCGCCUUGUCGCAAAAGAAGGGUUCGUUCUUGGGAGGAGGAACGGAGGGCGGUUAUACCUUUUGGUAAACCACCAAAACCACCUUUCCUAACACGUAUACAUUCAAAAAACACCACGUACACACUUAUACAAAAACACCUACGUUAACUGUCGGAGGCGCUGUGUUGUCGAAACGACAAGAUCAUGUAGGCAAAUUUCCGUUAGAGCUCUGCUUUUUUCACCGUUACUGGAAGCAGCUUUAUGCAUUAAAAAAUAAUAUACCGUGUGUGCGCGGACCGAUCACACAUACAUAUUACAUAUACGUACCCUAUAUACACACACACACAAACAAACAAACAAACACACAACAUUACAUGGUACUAAGGCAGCAACCGUGAGAGUUCCCACGCGAUUUACAUACG